CCUCGACCAAAACACAUGGGGCAGCUGCCAGUGGGUCGACGCUGACACUUGUACUAAAAACGAUAAUAGGAUAACUAAUAAUUAUACAGCGAACUAUUUAAAGAGAACAUAAGGACUGGAGUACCUGUGGUGUUAGUACGAGCAUAAUGUGAUGCCUACGACCUUGUGUAGAGGUCCUGUAUCUUGUAACAUCCUUAUCCUGAAGCUGGAGGCUGAGAUAUAUUUAGGGUAUUAUUAGUAGCUAACCCACGGAGCCGUCAAGAUGAAGGAGCAGUACCGCGAGACAGACGUUGUCCGCAACAUCUUGGACAUACAGUUUGGGGUGUUGUCGGCUCAGGACAUGCAACAACUGAGUCACGCACACGUUGUAUCUUCAGAACUCUACAACUCUACACCAGGUUCUCGUCAGCCUGCAUCACAUGGUGUACUGGAUCGACGCAUGGGGACGAGUCAAAAAGACGUGAGCUGUGAAACUUGCGCAAAAAAUUUGUCGGACUGUAUCGGUCACUACGGCUACUUGGACCUAGCCAGACCAGUCUUUCACGUGGGCUACUUUAAAAACACAAUUCAUAUUCUACAGAACAUAUGUAAAAUAUGUGCACAUGUUUUGCUAAAGCCCAAAGAUAAGUCCACCUUGUGUGAACAGGCUAAAAGAAUAAAUUCGUACCUUCAAAAGAAAGCCCUGUACAAGCGUAUUAAUCUACUGUGCAAGAAGAUGUCAUUGUGUUCAUAUUGUGGUGCCCAAAAUGGAACAGUUAAGAAACUUCCUCCUCUCAAGAUUGUCCAUGAAAGAUUCAAGACUGUGAAGAAAGGAGAUCCUGUAAUUACAAACUAUUUUUCCCAGUUUGACACAGCACUGGAGUACAACAAGGAACUGGAGUCUCAACUCUCAUCCAGUGUUAUUGAGUUCCUCAACCCUAGUCAAGUUCUGGACCUUUUUGAGAGAAUACCCCUGGCUGAUCUGCCUCUGUUAUGUAUGGACCAGCAAUUUUCACAUCCUAAAGAUCUUGUUCUCACUCGUCUUCUAGUCCCACCAAAUUGCAUUCGUCCUUCCGUCAUAUCAGAGCUCAAAUCUGGCACAAAUGAAGACGACAUCACAGUCAUGUUAACCGAGAUCAUCUUCCUGAACAACCUGAUCAACAAACGCAGCUCGGGAAAGGUUCAGAGCAUCCAGGACUCGUGGGAACAUCUCCAACUUCAUGUGGCCUUCAUCAUGAAUUCUGAAAUUUCAGUACCACAUGAUUUAAGCAUGGCAAGAAAGUCCACUCGAGGUUUUGUUCAAAGACUGAAGGGCAAACAGGGCCGCUUUAGAGGAAACUUGUCAGGAAAACGAGUAGACUUUUCCAGCCGCACUGUGAUAUCACCAGAUCCAAACCUACGAAUUAAUGAGGUUGGCGUUCCGAUAGAAGUGUCAAAACAGCUGACGUACCCGGAGAAAAUCACAGCACACAAUAUUAAUUUGAUGAAACAACUGGUGAGAAAUGGACCCGACGUUCACCCUGGGGCCCUGUUUGUUGAGCCCCGGUCCACUCCAGGCAUCAAGAAGUCGCUGAGAUAUGUUCACAGGGAAAAAAUGGCAACUGAGCUUAGACAGGGAGACAUCAUUGAGAGACAUUUAAUGGACGGAGACAUUGUGCUGUAUAAUCGUCAACCGUCGCUCCACAAGAUGAGCAUCAUGUCCCAUCGAGUGCGUGUCUUACCCUGGAGAACAUUCAGGUUUAAUGAGUGCGUGUGUACCCCUUACAACGCUGAUUUUGACGGCGAUGAAAUGAAUCUUCACGUACCACAGACGGAGGAGGCUCGAGCUGAGGCCUUGGUGUUGAUGGGGGUGACCUCUAAUUUGGUGACCCCAAGACAUGGUGCUCUCAUCAUUGGUGCAACUCAGGAUUUCCUCACCGGGUCAUAUCUCCUCACUCAGAAGGAUCAGUUUUUCGACAAAGAGUACACCUGUGGCCUCAUAACCUCCAUCCUUGCUGGGAAAGAGGCCAUCUAUACUGUGGAUCUUCCACCACCGGCUAUAAUGAAGCCUCAGCAACUAUGGACCGGGAAGCAGAUUUUCAGCAUGAUAAUACGACCCAAUAAGAAAUUUCCCGUUCAGUGUAACCUGACGACCAAGAGAAAGGACUACACACGGGGAGAGGAACUAUGCUCUAAUGAGGCCUGGGUCAUUAUGAGAAACUCUGAACUCCUGGCGGGGGCUCUAGACAAGUCUCUCUUAGGUUCUGGCUCAAAGAAGAAUAUUUUCUAUGUCAUCUUGAAGGACUACGGUAAAGAUCAUGCUGCUGAUGCCAUGUGGAGAGUAGCGAGGUUGUCCACACUCUUCAUCAUGAACCGAGGCUUCUCCAUCGGCAUUGGAGACGUCAUGCCGGGGUCUGGGUUGCUCACCAGGAAACAAGAACUGCUUGAUGACGGAUAUGGUAAAUGUGAUGAGUUCAUCUCCCAACUGAAGGAAGGAACUCUCCACUGUCAGCCUGGCUGCACUGCUGAAGAAACUCUGGAGCAGCUCAUCCUGAAGGAACUAAGUACCAUUCGUGACAAAGCUGGUAAAGCGUGCGUCAUGGAGCUUCACAAGACCAACGCAGCUCUCAUCAUGGCCAUAUCUGGUUCUAAGGGCUCAUUUAUCAACAUCUCCCAGAUGAUUGCCUGUGUAGGCCAGCAGGCCAUCGGUGGCAAGAGAGUUCCCAAUGGUUUUGAAGAUCGUGCUCUUCCUCACUAUGAAAGGCAUUCCAAGAUACCAGCUGCAAAAGGUUUUGUUAGUAACAGUUUUUUCUCUGGUAUGACACCAACGGAAUUUAUCUUCCAUACCAUGGCUGGUCGAGAAGGUUUGGUUGACACGGCAGUCAAGACAUCUGAGACUGGAUAUAUGCAGCGUCGACUUGUAAAGUCUCUGGAGGACUUGUAUGUGGCAUAUGACAUGACAGUUCGUAAUUCAACACAAGACAUUAUUCAGAUCAAAUAUGGUGGUGAUGGUCUUGACCCCACUGAACUGGAGGGCAACACCGGGCCUAUUGACCUCGAACGUGCCCUUGACCACAUCAGAGCCAAGAACCCAUUCCCCGAGGAAGAUCCCCUGACUGGGACCGAGAUCCUUCAAUUGGCAGAGAAUUACCUGGCUAAUGACGCAUUUAAGGAGUUGUCUGAUGAGUUUAAAGAUGAGCUCAAGACGUUCAUGGAAAAAUUCUCCAAGAAGGUCGAUAAGAUUAGAUCUCGUUUGUCGAAAGUCACAGGCCGUAAGGCUCUGCCAGUUGAACGUCACAUAGAGCGCUUAACCUUUACCCAGUUGAUCCAUUUUCUCAACUCGUGCCUGGACCGAUACCAAGCUGCAGUGAUGGAACCGGGUACUGCUGUUGGUGCCCUGUGUGCCCAGAGUAUUGGUGAACCAGGAACUCAGAUGACCCUCAAGACUUUCCAUUUUGCUGGUGUCGCUGCCAUGAAUAUCACACUUGGAGUGCCACGUAUUCUGGAAAUCAUCAAUGCAUCGCGCAGCAUCUCUACGCCAAUCAUCACAGCAAACCUCAAGGACGAUUCAGAUCCCGAGAAGGCCCGGCAGGUUAAAGGUCGCGUCGAGAAGACCUUACUGGGGGAGGUGUGCGAGUAUGUGGAGGAGGUGUUCUUGCCUGACGACUGUUUCCUCCUGCUGAAGUUAGCGAUGGACCGCAUAAGACUCCUCAAACUGGAGGUCGAUGCUCAUUCUAUCAAGUAUUCAAUCUGUACAUCCAAAUUGAAAGUGAAGGAGAUGGAUGUGUGUGUGGAGUCUGACACCAUCAUCACCGUGCGACCGUCCAGGACCAAAGCCUCGGCUAUGUACUACCAACUGCAGCACCUAAAGCAACACAUUACCCAAGUUAUCAUUAAGGGUUUGCCAUCAGUGAAUCGAGCUGUUAUUAAUCAAAAUGACACUGGUCCUGGGGGGGUGUGCCGAUAUGAAUUGCUGGUGGAGGGAGACAACCUGCGUGAGGUCAUAGCCACGUACGGUGUUGAUGGCACCCGCUGUACUUCCAACAACACGUAUGAAGUUUUCACAUGUCUAGGCAUUGAAGCUGCCAGAGCGACCAUCAUUAAGGAGAUUACUGUAACUAUGGAAACUCACGGUCUCAGUGUUGAUCGUCGCCACGUGAUGCUCCUGGCUGACCUCAUGACUUGCCGUGGCCAAGUAUUAGGCAUCACCCGACAUGGACUUUCAAAAAUGAAGGAGUCUGUCCUUAUGCUUGCCUCUUUUGAGAAGACGGCUGAUCAUCUGUUUGAUGCAGCCUACCAUGGUCAAAGUAACCCCAUCAAAGGCGUGAGUGACUGUAUCAUCAUGGGAAAGCCUAUGAAUAUUGGUACAGGCGUCUUCAAGCUCCUCCACAGCCACCGGAGGGAGUCAAAGCCUAGAACACGUACUCUCUUAUUUGAUCACCCAGACAUGCACGUCCCUCUUUCUCUAAGUGGAUGGUCAUAGGGACUAAUUAUAAAACUGAUACAAAGAUUAUAUGUGAUGGUUUGAUAGGGACCUGCACAUUACCUGAAUGUUGAAAGGUUUACUAUUUCUGUAAGGAUGAGAUCAAUAUUUUAAAAGUUGAAGUUACAAAUAAAAAUAUUUAUCAUUGUAGGGGAAUUGCAUAUUAUUUAUUCAGUUUAUACCUUUGAACAGAACUGACAGAUUUUAGUUAGUGAGAGGAGGAUAUUGACUGUAUAAGACAAUUGAAUAACAGAAUUGAAAAGGAUGAAAAGUUUCUUCAAAAUGUCACGAAGGAUUUACCCCAUAAUUUUUACUUUGAUUCAGGUGUGUAAAUGAAUUUAAUCUUUCCAGUAUUUGUAUUUUUUAUAUUCUUAAAAAACCAUAGUUUUGGUUGGAUUUUGCUAUAUUUGAAGAUACCAAUGACAACAUUUUUGUAGAGAGAGAUUAUUAGCUAAUACUUCUUAUCAAUAAAGAAUUUGAAAUAUU